AUUCUUCUUCAUAUCAUGUUGCCUCUCAAUCUACUAUUUGCCUAACACCACCAGAAGUUCUCCCGUCUUCGAUCACGCGCCUUCCUCUUCUUUCAUUCGUUUCCAGAGAAGCUUCCUCUUACUCUUUUCUCUUUCUUCAGCCUACAGGAAGCAUUACAUCGAAUAUGGAGUGUGAAUUGAGAUACUGAUACAAGUUCUUCCCUUUAUAAUCUGUUUAGUAGCAUAUUAUGCUAUCUCGAGGCUGAGCUGACACCAUAGAAUUGUCAAAUAUCAAUUUGACUUGAUAGAGAUAUGUGAUGGAAGGCUUGCUGGCAGUGUUUGGAGAGUAUGAACUGGUGUACCAUGGUGUUAGUAGGGAGCAGAUGGUCAUCUCUCUAUGUAUUGGAUAUGCAGCUGCUCUCUUUGUUGGUACCUUUUUGGGCAUGUUCUCAGAUUUGAUUGGCCAGAGAAAAGUCUGCUUGUUGUUUUGCUUGCUGCAUCUUUUUGUUUCCAUAUGGAGGAUGGUUACUGGACAUCCAAGUGUUUGGCUCACUAGCAUCUGUCUCUCUCUCGCCUCUACGAUAUUCUUCUUCAACUUUGAGACAUGGAUGGUUGUUGAGCAUGAUAAGCUUGAGCAGAGGCAGGAUUCAGUGAAUGAUAUGUUUUGGUUAAUGACUUUUGUUCAAUCUUCAUCUUUCAUUGGAAGCCAAGUGGUUGGUAACUGGUUAAUUAGUGGUCAUGAAAAGACAAAUUUGCUUGCUCCAUCCAGUGCAGUGGUAAUAAUGGCUUUUAGUGCUCUGGCUUAUGUCAGCCGAGGAUGGAAGGAAGAUCCAAAAUCAAUUAUUCUUAAAGAUUAUCAGACUAAAUUUCGUACAUACAUAGUCGGUGAUAAAAGGGUUUGGCUUUUGUCAUGGACCCAAGCUACCGUCCACUUCUCAGUUGCAGUAUUUUGGUUUAUUUGGGCUCCAACCGUUGUGGCAGAUGGGAGAGAGGUUUUCCUCGGUUUGAUAUACCCCUGUUUACUUGGUGCGAAAAUGCUUGGAAGCACUGCAUUUGCCUGGUUCUUCAGUGUCCCUUUAUCACUCCGAACAGAGGAGUGCUUAGUAUAUGCCUGUCUUAUUAUGGGCUUCGUCACUUCCAUUGUAGCUUUUGAUUAUCAGGACAUCGAAAUUCUUGUGAUGCUAUUCUGCAUAUUUCAUGCUUGUGUGGGAUUGGUUUUGCCUUCACUUGCCAGAUUGAGAACCAUGUAUGUGCCUAAUGAGGUUCGUGGAGGAAUGAUGAGUUUAUCGAUAGCUCCUUCAAAUGCGCUAAUGUUGUUCCUUCUGAUUCAGGCAUGUUUUGUUUUACCUUAUGUAUUAUUUAAUCCAUUAUUUCAUCAGAAGAUAUCCUCUUCACUGUUUAUAGUGGUCCUUUAUUCCCAGUAAAACUCAUUUGAGGAUUUAGUGCUUGAACUACAUCUAGAUGCUUGUUAAUUGGAAAGUUAGUUUUCUAGGCAUUAUCCACAUAUUUGCAGUUAAGAUAAAUGCAAACAGUUUCUUUCAAUCUAUGUUGAACUUCAAGAUAACGUUUUAAUUGACUGUCUUCAUCAUGAGAUACUUUUCUUUUCUGGUGAUUUGAUGAAUAUUUAGGUAAUUUUGCUAUUUUGAAAUUUUGCAGAGAGGUUUCUACCAGAAUAUAGAAAAUUCAACAAUUAUAGCUAUGGCCGCUCUAGGUCUUUUUUCUGCAGCUGGAUGCCUGUAUAUGUUAAAGCGGCUCGGGAAGCAACCACAUCAGAACUGGCACAAAUUAUGACCUGUCCCAUAUUUUUGAAACUCUUCUAUUCAUGUGGGUGGAUCCUGUAGCUGUAUAUAACUGGCCGGUUAGUUUAAAGAUAAAAGAAACUGUAGCCUUGGAAUGUGAUGAUGGGUGCAAAUUAAGCAACAUGCUCUCUCUGCAAAUGGAAAAUCAAGAAAGAGAUAUAGCCGAUUUCAUCAUUCUAUUAUUCUCACAUUGCUUAAGUAAUGAGGUCCCGUGGGAGAUCUCACUAUGGAGUCCAACUUUUCUCUAGAGAUACUUUGCAGAUUGAUGCCUUGAGAAUGCUAAAUGGACAUUUUGUUUCUACUAAGUUUUGGGAAGGAGCAUAGUAUCAGAGGAGCAACGAAAUGCACGGUGGCUUGGUUUGCAUUAUUUAACAGCUCUUCGGAAUUCUGUGACCAGUGGAAAGUGUAGUUUCAUAUUCACAAAUCACCAAAUAGUAAGAUGAGUUUUCUCUUUACUUCUUUUUUCAUUUAUUUCUUAAACAGACGUACAGGAUCACUAGAUCAGAUCCUUUUAGUGUGUCCUCCAAUUAUUUAGUUGGAUUGCAGAUAUUUUAUAAUUUAAAGAAUGAUUACGUAA